AUGGAGAGGGUCAAGGCUUCUAUCCAGAGGCAUACGCCUUCGAAGGAGACUGUCAAGCAACGAUGCACGUCACUGAAGGCCUGGGAACUGCCGAAGCAAGAAAGUGCUCUUGCUCCAGAUUAUGUAUGGACCAACAAAGACAUGGAUCCAGUUCCUCCAGAGGAUCAGACCUGGACUAUCUGGACCUGGAUGGCAUACUGGGCCACCGAUACUAUCAAUCUAGGGACUUGGGAGACAGCCAGCUCAAUCAUUGCCGUGGGCCUGACUUGGCGUGAAGCCAUCCCUAUUAUGGUCGUGGGGACUUCUUGCGUUGCGAUCCCCAUGGUAUUGAAUGGUGCAAUUGGUGCGGCACUGCAUAUUCCAUUCUCCGUCAUCAUCCGCUCCGGGUUUGGAUACUACUGGAGUUAUUUCGCCGUUAUUUCUCGCUCAAUUCUUGCCAUGUUCUGGCUGGGCAUUCAAGGAGCAAACGGGGCUCAAGCGAUGACAAUCAUGAUCAGUUCGAUUUGGCCAUCUUACAACAAUAUCAAGGAUACCAUCGGCUACGAAUCACAAGGUAUCUCAACAGAAGGCAUGAUCUCUUACUUCCUCUUCUGGAUCAUUCAGUUGCCACUGCUCCUGAUCCCACCAACCAAACUCCGAUGGCUCUUCAUCAUCAAACUCAUCGCUGCGCCUAUUACUGCGAUAGCAAUGAUGGGAUGGUGUGUCGCCAAAGCAGGUGGUGGUGGUGAGCUCUUCAACCAAACCCCCACAGUCUCAGGCUCCAACUACGCAUACCUUUGGCUGUCUUGCAUGUCGUCAGUGACUGGUUCAUGGGCGACUCUUGCGUGCAACAUCCCUGACUUCUCUCGUUACGCCAGAUCUUCGCGAGGCCAGUACAUUCAGCUACCUUUCCUCCCUAUUAUAUUUACCGUCUGUGGUGUCCUCGGUAUUGUCACAACGUCGGCAACGAAAGUGAUUUACGGAGAGUUCUACUGGAAUCCUCUGGACAUUCUCGCUCACUGGCAACAAUCGGGACACGGAGGUCGUGCAGCAGCCUUCUUCGCGGCCCUUUCUUGGUAUAUCGCGCAAGUGGGAACCAAUAUUACAGCUAAUUCGAUCUCCGCUGCCAACGAUUUAACGGUCCUGUUUCCGCGCUGGGUCAACAUUUUCCGGGGCUGUAUUAUUGCCGCUAUCAUCGGUGGUUGGGUCAUCGUGCCAUGGAAGAUUCUUAACAGCGCCUCGACAUUCCUGAGCUUCAUGUCUGGCUAUUCCAUCUUCCUAGCUCCAAUGGCAGGUAUCAUGGCAUCCGACUACUGGAUUAUCAAGCGACGACGGAUCGAUGUGCCAGCACUAUAUGACCCCAAGGGUCGAUACAGGUACUUCUACGGCGUCAACUGGCAAGGUUUGAUUGCAUUCUUGCUCGCUCUAUGCCCCAACAUCCCUGGUCUGGCCUACGCUAUCAACAAGAACAACCACAUCACCGCGGGAGCCAAGCAUCUCUACAGCUUCUGUUGGCUGUACGGAUUCGUCAGCUCGAUCUUCAUAUACGUUACGCUACACAAGAUCUUCCCUGCCAAAGCUUCGCUCAUUGAGAAGACAAUCGAUGGUGUUGAAGUCGUGGCCGAGGCCAAGCAGUACCCAAGCGAUAGCGACGACAACGAAAAGCAUCUGGGCCGAGUCCAAGAGAUCCAACACACUGCCGUUGAAGGACACGGCUUUGCGAAUGUCGAUCCACUGCAUCGCGCCAAGUAG